CAGAGCCAGCCAGCACCAGCGAGCACCACCCAAGGCGAGCCGAGCCAUAGGCCGCCGGAAUGCGGGCUGUAAAGAAAUAGUGAGAUUAUUUAGCGCGUGAGUGGGCCGAAUUAAUUUUUGUGCGCGCGCAAAGGAACUGUCAUCCGGUCGAGUUGGAAUAAACGUGUUUCCCGUUGGGCUCGAUGGACGCCUAUGAGGAUUCGUCGUACCACUCGACGAGCGAGGCCGAGCCCGAGUCGGACGCCGACGCCGACGCGGACGGCGACGGCGACGCCGACGGGGAAGCCGACGCGGACGCCGACGCCGACCCCGACGACCCCGAGCGUCUGCUCAACGAGUGGCUGGGCGAGCUCGACAGCCUCACUGUGGACCGCGUGUCACGAGAUGAGCACCUGCUGCAGUUUCGAAAGCAGGCGUUGACUCCCUUGCGUAUAUUGAAUACCAUGGGGCUGGUGGUGUUGGGAUUUUCCGCGUGA